AUCCGCAGGAAUGUCGCAGAAGGAGAGACCCACUUUCUACCGACACGAGCUCAACAAAACCGUGUGGGAGGUCCCGGAGCGCUACCAGAACCUCUGUCCCGUCGGCUCCGGCGCGUACGGAACAGUAUGUUCAGCAUAUGAUAUGAAAACAGGCCCGCAGAUAGCAGUGAAGAAAUUGUCAAGACCCUUCCAGUCCAUCAUCCACGCAAAGAGAACCUACAGAGAGCUGCGGCUGCUCAAACACAUGAAGCACGAGAACGUGAUCGGCCUCUUAGACGUUUUCACGCCAGCGACGAGCUUGGAGGAGUUCAGUGAUGUGUAUUUGGUGACCCACCUAAUGGGGGCAGACCUCAACAACAUUGUCAAGUGUCAGAAGCUGACCGACGACCACGUCCAGUUCCUCAUCUAUCAAAUUCUGAGAGGCUUAAAGUACAUCCAUUCGGCAGAUAUCAUACACAGAGACCUGAAGCCCAGUAAUCUGGCUGUCAAUGAGGAUUGUGAGCUCAAGAUCCUGGACUUUGGUUUGGCACGGCACACGGAUGAUGAGAUGACAGGAUACGUGGCCACCCGGUGGUACCGAGCCCCGGAGAUCAUGCUCAACUGGAUGCACUACAACAUGACGGUGGAUAUCUGGUCAGUGGGCUGCAUCAUGGCUGAACUACUCACUGGACGGACACUCUUCCCUGGUACAGACCAUAUAAACCAGCUGACACAGAUAAUGCGCCUGACGGGGACGCCCCCAGCCUCCCUCAUAGGCAGGAUGCCCAGCCAUGAGGCGAGGAACUACAUUAAUUCACUCCCCCAGAUGCCGAAGAGGAACUUUGCUGAUGUUUUUAUUGGUGCCAACCCUCUCGCGGUGGACUUGCUGGAGAAAAUGCUGGUUUUGGACACAGACAAACGGAUUACAGCGUCUGAGGCUCUCGCCCACCCGUACUUUUCCCAGUACCACGAUCCAGAUGACGAGCCUGAAGCAGAGCCUUAUGACCAGAGCUUUGAAAGCCGCGAUCUGGAGAUUGAGGAAUGGAAGCAAUUAACCUACGAGGAGGUUCUUAGCUUUGUACCAUAACCGUCCGAUGGCGAUGAGAUGGAAUCCUGAGGAAGAAGCACCUUUUUGUUUUCCAUCUUUUAUUUUCCAAGGGACACUCUUUAAGGACUAUCAGUCUUAUGUGACUAUCCACCGCUAUCCUCACACACACCUUGCACAAACGUGACAUUCAAGUGCCUGCCGUCAUUCAUCUCUGGGGGACGUUGCGAUAUCAGGGAUAAAACUCUACAUCCUGUUCAUCCAGCCCCCCACUUUGUCGUAUUUGUCACCCCGCGUCCCCCAAUGUGCUGAGGCAGACUUUAACUCUCCUUAUAUUUUAGCGAGUAUUUUGCCUCAGACAUUCAUUGUUUAUAUUGUGCCCCCUCUUUGAUUCACAAAAGUAAAAAUUACAUGUCAGUAUCUUAAAGCAAAUGGUAGAAAUUGAACUGCUGAUAUGUAUUUUAUUAAGUUGUACUACCUGGCAGUAAUUAAUAAUCAAUUAAUAGUUUAAAACCAUGAUGCGUCUAAAGUUGAUCUUUUCUCCACAUACUAAAUUAAAUGUUGUUUUCUAUCGGUGCAUAGACCUUUUGUAAAUAUGACAGUAUUUGUAGUAUUUCAGGUAAAACACUUACAAUAUGUAUGUAAUAUUUGCUGAGACACGCCUCAGCUGGCCCCUUUUGACAGUAUGAAUUUUAUUCCUAAAGAUUAGCCUAAAAACACAUAUAAAAAAGAUACAGCCUGUAAUUUAUUACCCCUUGUGUACAGAAUAGUCUGAAAAAUGCUCAAAGCUUAAUUUUUCUUAUUGCUGGAAUUGAAGGGUUACAGUGUUCUGUUGUUAACAAAAAUUAGUUUGGAGAGUGUGACCCAUGUAUCACCCAUUUAGCAUUUUGUUUAUUUUCCACUCCUUUUUCUCCAUAUGAAUUAUUUUAGCUCUUCUCUUCUGUUGUUUCAGAGGAAUGUUUUAGCAAAUAGUCACCUACAGGACCACUUGAGCAUGAUAAAGCCAGAUUAGGCUCACUAGUUUAUUGAAAUUUGAUGUUUUCCAUAACCAAAUCAACAGACAGUGUAAUUUAAUCAUUUUGCAUUCAUAAAACACAGUACUAAUAAUGUUUAUUGAAUGUUGGGGGCAAUAGUUUGCCUGUAUUUAUGAUCUUUUGUUAUGUUGUUUGUAUAUGGAUAUCAAAGAGAAUUAUUUGUCAGAAAUUGAGGUUCUUUUUAUUAUUUAUGAAGAGCUUACUGUAUCAGAAACCAAAUGUUUCACCAGUAAUUCCACACGUCAGUCAAGCCGUGGGGACUGCAGUUACAGUUUGUGUACCAGAGCCAAUAAUGUUAUCAACUUGUUGCAGACAACCACGUCAGUUCAAAUCCAUUUGACAAACUCUGCUCAUCUUGCAGUUGUUUCUCAUUUGUUUUUAAAGAAUUGCUGAAAAUGUAUUUAUCUUACCGUUUUCUCUGAGGUACUGCCUUCGCAAAUUAUCCUGUUAAAAAAACAUGGCAAUAGAAUAAUCCAGAAAUCAAAUCAAAUUUAAGUAUUACAAGUUAGUCAACAUUAACAACGAUCAACAAGCAGCUUAACUGUUGACUCCUGUUUAUGAAGUGGGAAGACAUUUAACACAUUUCUUUUGUGUGUGUGGACCAUUGGAGAAAUCAAACAACAUCCACGUGACAUACAAGAUGUAUCCACAGUUGUUCUGGCUGAUGUCAACCAAAAAAUAUCCGUGUCUUCACAAUUUCAUGUGCAACUGCUUUCAUAUAACUUCGUUUUCAUGUAGUCCUUUUUCUAAUGUAUUAUUUUAUUCUAUCAAGAUGUGAUGUUAUUCUGUUAAACUGAUUGCUUUUUAUUAUGCUAGAACCAUAUUUGUAAUUCAUUUGAAUAAUUUAGUAGGGCACAUGUUUGUGUGAAAAGAGUGUACGUUUACUCACUGGAUGCUGAAGGGCAAUGCUGAAGCCUCAUACAUUAUCAUUUUUAAAGCCACUGCGUCGAUUAGAUAUGAUAUUUAUCUCAUCCAUAUCCCAGUGUCAGCAGUUAUUUGGUUAUAUAGUUGCUUUUCCUGAUAUGUGUUCAUAUCUUUUUACAAUGUACUUCAUCACGUGUACCGAGACAGCAGGCAAUGCCAGAUGUAAAUACCACCAUUAGAAAAUAAAGACUACUAUUUUUCAAACCUG